GCUGCUUACCAAAUUCAGGAAAGACUGAAAAGCAUUAAUCAACUAGUCCACGAUGUUGAAAAAGCACGAGAACACUCAGAAGUCAAUUUGAAUAACAUCACCAAGACGCAGGAAAAAGUUAAUGCGGAUGAAAAAAUAUCGCCUUUCUAUCAGCAAAAGUUGAAAAGCCAGUACAGUUCAGCAGUCGUGGAUGCCCAACAGGAGGAAGACUUGCUAAGGAAAGCCUUGGAAAAAAUAAACGAGAUCAGAUCUAUUAGAAAUGAAAGAAAAAUACAGGCCCGUAAUGCAGGCAACAAAGAAACGAUUAGACGAGGAACUCUCAUGAAAAUGUUGUUGAUUUCUGCACAAACUUUGCCACUGUAUGUUGGUAAGACGCCAGAAGCAAAAGCACCUCCACUUUGUGGAGCGAUUCCAGCGGAGCCAAGCUAUGUAGCCAAGAUGGGUGACAUGGUGGCUGCAUUAGUAAAAGGUUCAGAAGAAGAAGAAAACUGGAUUCUUGCAGAAGUAGUGUAUUUCAAUUCUACAACAAACAAGUACGAAGUUGACGAUAUUGAUGAAGAACAAAAAGAUAGACACACAUUGUCCAAGCGUAAGGUUGUGCCACUUCCACUUAUGAGGGCGAAUCCAGAAACAGAUCCCCAUGCUUUAUUCCCAAAAGAGUCAAUCGUUAUGGCUCUGUAUCCACAAACGACGUGCUUUUAUAAAGCAGUCGUUAAUCAAUUACCCACGUCUGCCCAAGAAGAAUACGAAGUUCUAUUUGAGGAUGCAACUUACGCUGAUGGAUAUUCGCCUCCCUUGAAUGUUCCACAGCGCUACGUGAUUUCAAUCAAAGAAAGCAAAAAGAACAAAAGUUAGUCGUGAAUUGAUCUUAACAUUCGGUCUUUACCAGUCUAAGAGAAGACUUUUAUCUGAAGUGUUUUUUUAUAAACAAGUAAUGCAAAACUUUUUUAAAGUGACUUUCUGUGAAAAUAAUCAAGUAGUUUACACCUGCUACAAAAUUUUUAUUUACACGUGUACAUGCAUUUAGCACUGUAGUUGCAAAUUUAUUUUUUAUACAUAAAACUGUGAUUAUUGUAUACUAGUAUGUUGAAUAUCUUUAACGUUUUCAAGUAUGAUCAUCCGUCUUGCGUUCAACAAGUUGUACGUUUUAUAAAUCAUUCAUAAAUAAUAUGAAUAGAUUGGAAUGUGAAUAAAAAACUGUUUGGUGAUUCAACUAUCAAUAGUCUUCUUAAUUUUUUUUAUAAUAGUACGUUUUCGAACAUU